AUGCCUACCGCCGGGGUGGGCGCCCUGUCGCUGGAAGUAAUCGGCCCAACAGCUGACAACAGUGGCGAGCGAGGCAAAACAGCGCCUCUCGACGUGACCCGCUACCCCCACAUCCUCGAUGUGGUCGUGAAUGUGGCGCGCCACGGCUCUCUCAUCGCGCUGCGCGCCGCAAACCGCGCCUUGCGGGAUCGGUGCGACGCACUGCUCGCCGCACACCUCGUGCUGCGCUACUUCCCCCCCUCGCCACUGGACCCAAAGCACUUAGUCCCCGCAUACCUCUCCUCGCGCGGGGGGCGCGUCCCCGCGCUCCUAGACUGGAACAGGCAACGUCUAGCCGAGGACCGGGCGCUCGCGCUCGCCGAGCCGCACUACAUACCGGGCAUGACGGAGAUGAGCCCGCUGCGGGGCGACGACUACCUCUCGGACGCGGACAUCGACGGCGUCGCCAUCGCUUUCCUCCCCGCCCCGCCGUGUUUGGCGGGCGCGCGCGUCCUAGACCUCGCGGGCGCGCGCGACACGCACCUCGCCAAGGUCUUGGCUCACUGCGCGCCGCUCGUACGCACCGGCCGCGAGCAGGACGGGUACCACGCGCUCGCGGCGGGGAGAUGGGCGCCGCGCGGCCUCGCGGUCCCGCGUGCGGUCGUGUGGACGCAUCUUUGGGACUGGGGGCACAGUGGGCCGCACGACUACGACCACGGGCCGCACAUAUCCCUCCUUAGCGCCCGCAGCCUCGUCCUCAAUCUGACGUUUGACCCGCACGCCACGCGCAACUCGUGCUUCAUUGACAUCACGUAUGCCGAUGCCGUGGAGGACGUCACCGUCAUUUUCCAUGCUGAAAGCGGGUUUGUAGGACGCCUCCCCUCUCACCCGUACAUGGGCGACCUACCCACACCGCCGCCCCAGCGGACACUCCGCCAGGUUGUCACCGCGCUGUACUGCGGUUGCGAGAUGCCGCACACUUUCGUCAAUCUCUCCGCUAUCCCUGCCUCUUGGUGGGGACAGGAAGGGUCAUGGGACGACAAAAGGGCUCGCAUUACGCUGCACGCCGCCUUGCUUGAGCGCCACGCCGUCGAUCCCCACCCGAGACUCCAGGUGGACGCGUUGCUUGACAGGUUCACGGUUCUGUCACUGAAUGAGUAUCGUGAGAUGGUGGGCGAGGAGAGGUUUGAGCUGUUUACCGGCUGA